GCGUUUGCGCCGGCGGCCGCCGCGUCUGGCUCGGCUCCCCCCUUCCUCUGACCCCCGGCCCGGCGGCGCCCGCCUUCUCCGCGGCCACUCCGCCUCUUCCCUCCUGCCGUUCCCUUCCUCCUCUCCCUUCUUCCUUCCUCCUUCCCCUCCUCGCCGCCCCCGUCGCCGCCGCCGCCGCCCAGGACCGCCGGCCGGGGGACGAGCUCGGAGCAGCAGCCAGGAGUUUCCUAACCACAUAACCUCUCAGAACUGAACCAAAACAACAUUAUUCCUGGAGCACCUCUUUUUAAGGUAGAACUUUAGACUUCAUAGCACUGAAUUAACCUGCACUGAAAGCUGUUUACCUGCAGUUGUUCACUUUUGUUGAAAGUGACCAUGUCUCAAGUUCAAGUGCAAGUUCAGAACCCAUCUGCUGCUCUCUCAGGGAGCCAAAUACUGAACAAGAACCAGUCUCUUCUCUCACAGCCUUUGAUGAGUAUUCCUUCUACUGCUAGCUCUCUGCCCUCUGAAAAUGCAGGUAGACCUAUUCAAAACUCUGCUUUACCCUCUGCAUCUAUCACACCCACCAGUGCAGCUGCAGUUCCUUCUAGCAUGGCACACCCCAAAGAGAAAACCCCAAUGUGUCUUGUGAAUGAGUUAGCCCGUUUCAACAAGAUUCAGCCUGAGUAUAAGCUUUUGCGUGAGCAAGGUCCAGCUCACUGUAAGGUGUUUACAGUACAGCUAACACUUGGAGAUCAGCACUGGGAAGCUGAAGGAACUAGUGUUAAAAAAGCCCAGCACACAGCUGCUGCCAAAGCUUUGGAAGGAACAAAAUUUCCUAAACCCAUAGUCCGCCCUUUUCGUAGCGAAGGAAGGAAUCCAGAAAGCAUAACCCCUACUGUAGAGCUAAAUGCACUGUGCAUGAAACUUGGAAAAAAACCAAUGUAUAAGCCUGUCGACCCUUACUCUCGGAUGCAGUCCACCUAUAACUACAACAUGAGAGGAGGUGCUUAUCCCCCAAGGUACUUUUACCCAUUUCCAGUACCGCCUUUACUUUAUCAAGUUGAGCUUUCUGUGGGAGGACAGCAGUUCAGUGGGAAAGGAAAGACAAGACAGGCUGCAAAACACGAUGCUGCUGCGAAAGCCUUGCGGACCCUGCAAAGCGAGCCCCCACCGGAGAGGCUGGAGGUGAGGCGGGCGGGCGAGCAGGUGAAUGGAAGAGAAUCAGAAGAAGAAAAUCUCAAUAAAUCUGAAAUAAGUCAAGUGUUUGAGAUUGCACUUAAACGGAACUUGCCUGUGAAUUUUGAGGUUGCCCGGGAGAGUGGCCCCCCCCACAUGAAGAGCUUCGUGACCAAGGUGUCAGUUGGGGAGUUUGUGGGAGAAGGUGAAGGGAAGAGCAAGAAGAUUUCGAAGAAAAAUGCUGCCAUAGCUGUUCUUGAGGAGCUGAAGAAGUUGCCACCCCUACCCACAGUCGAGCGAGUGAAGCCCAGAAUCAAAAAGAAAACAAAAUCCAUAGUCAGGCUACAGAGCAGCACAGACUAUGGCCAGGGGAUGAACCCGAUCAGCAGGCUGGCCCAGAUCCAGCAGGCGAAAAAGGAGAAGGAGCCGGAGUACAUGCUUCUGACGGAGCGAGGCCUCCCACGCCGCAGAGAGUUUGUGAUGCAGGUCAAGGUGGGAAACCAUACCGCGGAAGGAACAGGCACCAAUAAGAAGGUGGCCAAACGCAACGCAGCCGAGAACAUGCUGGAGAUCCUUGGUUUCAAAGUCCCACAGGCUCAGCCCACCAAACCAGCCCUCAAAUCAGAGGAGAAGACACCAGUAAAAAAACCAGGGGAUGGAAGAAAAGUAACCUUUUUUGAACCUGGCUCUGGGGAUGAAAAUGGGACUAGCAAUAAAGAGGAUGAGUUUAGGAUGCCUUAUCUUAGCCAUCAGCAGCUGCCCGCUGGGAUUCUUCCCAUGGUGCCCGAGGUUGCCCAGGCCGUAGGAGUCAGUCAAGGACACCACACCAAAGAUUUCACCAGGGCAGCUCCGAAUCCUGCCAAGGCCACGGUAACUGCCAUGAUAGCCCGUGAAUUGUUAUAUGGGGGCACCUCGCCCACAGCCGAGACCAUUUUAAAGAAUAACAUCUCUUCAGGCCACGUACCCCAUGGACCCCUCACAAGACCCUCUGAGCAGUUGGACUAUCUUUCCAGAGUCCAGGGAUUCCAGGUGGAAUACAAAGACUUCCCCAAAAACAACAAGAACGAAUUUGUAUCUCUUAUCAAUUGCUCCUCUCAGCCACCUCUGAUCAGCCACGGGAUUGGAAAGGAUGUGGAAUCCUGCCAUGACAUGGCCGCACUGAACAUUUUAAAGUUGCUGUCUGAGUUGGACCAACAAAGUACAGAGAUGCCAAGAACAGGAAAUGGCCCAGUGUCUGUGUGUGGAAGGUGCUGAACCUUUUCUGGCCACGAACCGUUGUUAAAACCCCAACAUAUAUACUGAAAAUACUGAAACUGCUUUGAGAAUUUGGAAUUUCUGAUACCUCCAGUGGGCUGAGACACGUGCUGGGUAAAGAAGCAGAGAGGCGGCAGUGGUGACGAAGGCGGGGACGCAAGGAGGCAGUGUGGCUGCGCGUGCGCGGUGUUUUGUGCCACACGCAGGCAGCUGCUUGCUGAGGGGUGCUGCGAGGCCUGCCAAGCGGCCCUGGCUUGACCGGGAAACCAGCAGGCCCUGGCCCCUGGCACCUCGGUGCUCGGCUGUCGUCACCCUUUGGGCCGUGUUAAGGACACAGGAGAGAGCGCGCGCAACCUUUCUCAGACUGGCUCACGCAGACGCUUGGGACAAACCCUGGACACCCAUGCCGGGGACAGGGGCCUUAGACCAGCCCCAGAGCCGAAAGCACCAGAGAAAAUCAAAUGCUUCCUACUCGGCACCAACCAUUCUAGUGUGCUAUGGCCCCACCUCCGUGGUGCCCACACCGUCCCCACUGCUUUCUCUUCCAACAGAUACGUACUCUUAGUUUUCUUAUUUUCUUUUGAUUGAAAUGACACUAUAUAAAUUUUCAUUUGAGAGUUUCUCAAUUGUAUCUAGUUACAUAGCACAGUUUAGAAACUUGCCCGAGACUGACCCUACUGGAAAUCUAAUCAGCAGAGAUCAUAUCCGUGUGUAUGUGGUUCCACAUUCUUACUUUGUCAGACUGAGCCAGGACCGUUGCAGCAAUGCGGACGGUGUGCCCUCUGGUUCAGCUGCAACGGUCCUGGACUUGUCAGCAUCCUGGAUGAAGUCUCCCAUGGUUGUAUAAAUUGGACAGUUUAGGAGUUUUAAACUUUAAUGAUCAUUUGUUUCCUUUUCUGUUUUAUUUUUGUUAAUGCAACAGGACUUAAAUGAAUUUUGGUCUUUGUUUUAAAGAUUAUUAAAAAAAAAUUGUGUGUCUAUACAUACGGCUCUUGAGGACACGUGGCUUUCACACUACAGGAUAUGGUCUCCGUGUUGUACGUCUAAACCCGCAGAUGGAUUUUCCUGGCGUGCUUUGUACCGCUGUUACAUCUCCAUGUAGGGCGGCAGAGAGUGGCCUGUGUUGAGCUCCGAAACUGUUGCUUUUGAUGUUGUGUUACUGCGCACAGAAGCGUGUGCGGUAAGGUCCUGCAUAUGGUCCAGAUGAAAAGCACCGUAGUCUUGCGAGUUAAGUACUGCUUUUGUUCGAUUCAUUGUUUACGCUGGAAUUUUAUCUCCCCAUGGAAUGUAAGUAAAACAUAGUGUUUGUCACCAAUAAAUGGUAAUACUAAAUUUUUUUUGUUAAUUUAUUCUCAGAUGCCACUACUGCUAGGUAGGUCCCCUCCCAACCUACCUCUUACCCUUUUUUUUUUUUUUUUAAGGAAAAAACAAAACAAAACUUUGUAAUGCUUGUGAUUCUGUUUGGGCAAAAUUCUGAAGAUCUGAAAUGACUUUAUAUCAAACCAUUGAUCAAUAAACAGCUACUAAUGAA